AAUUUUGAACCCAUUAAUUCAAGGCAGGGCGAUCAGAAUCCGAUUUCGAGUUUCGUUCUUCUUUAAAAUUCACCAGAUAGAGAUUGAAGAAUGGCGGACGGUGAAGACAUUCAACCGCUUGUUUGUGACAAUGGAACUGGAAUGGUUAAGGCCGGAUUUGCGGGUGACGAUGCGCCAAGAGCAGUUUUUCCGAGCAUUGUAGGCCGUCCUCGCCACACGGGUGUCAUGGUUGGGAUGGGACAAAAGGAUGCUUAUGUUGGAGACGAGGCUCAAUCGAAACGUGGUAUUUUGACUCUCAAAUACCCAAUUGAGCAUGGAAUUGUUAAUAAUUGGGACGACAUGGAGAAGAUUUGGCAUCACACUUUCUACAAUGAGCUUCGUGUUGCCCCUGAAGAACAUCCGGUUCUCUUAACCGAAGCUCCUCUCAAUCCGAAAGCUAACCGUGAGAAGAUGACUCAAAUCAUGUUUGAGACAUUUAACACUCCUGCUAUGUAUGUUGCCAUUCAAGCUGUUCUCUCACUCUAUGCCAGUGGCCGUACAACUGGUAUUGUUUUGGACUCUGGAGAUGGUGUGAGCCACACGGUACCAAUCUACGAGGGUUACGCUCUUCCACACGCAAUCCUACGUCUUGACCUAGCGGGUCGUGACCUCACAGACCACCUCAUGAAAAUCCUGACAGAACGUGGCUACUCCUUCACCACAACUGCUGAGCGUGAAAUUGUUAGAGACAUGAAAGAGAAGCUCUCUUACAUCGCUCUAGACUACGAGCAAGAGCUAGAGACUUCUAAAACAAGCUCGUCCGUUGAAAAAAGCUUCGAGCUUCCUGAUGGACAAGUGAUAACCAUUGGAGCAGAGCGGUUCCGGUGUCCGGAAGUUCUGUUUCAGCCGUCAAUGAUCGGAAUGGAAAAUCCGGGAAUCCAUGAAACCACAUAUAACUCUAUCAUGAAAUGUGAUGUGGAUAUUAGGAAAGAUUUGUAUGGUAACAUUGUGCUAAGUGGUGGAACCACAAUGUUUGGAGGGAUUGGUGAUAGAAUGAGCAAAGAAAUUACGGCUUUGGCUCCAAGUAGUAUGAAGAUUAAGGUCGUGGCUCCACCGGAGAGGAAGUACAGUGUAUGGAUCGGUGGUUCUAUAUUAGCUUCACUCAGCACUUUCCAGCAGAUGUGGAUUGCGAAAGCAGAGUACGAUGAAUCUGGACCCUCAAUUUGUCAAGAAACACAAAACAAAACGUUAAGAUUUGACGAUUCUGUGGCCGGCGAUUUUCCUCCCGAUCCACUUCUCGCCUCCGGAGCCUUCAUCUCCUCCGCCGGUGACGGAACCCUAGACAGUAGUUCGAAACGGCGACCAAUUCAGGGAGUUUCUGGUUCGGGGGAGAGCGUACGCAUCGGGAUGGCUAACGGUACCGAUCAGGUGAAUCCAUCGCCGGAUAGUUCGAGUCAUCAGACGGAAUCGAAGUCACGGAAGCGUGCGGCGCCUGGAGAUAAUUGGUUGCCUCCUGGUUGGAGAGUUGAAGAUAAGAUUCGAACCUCCGGUGCCACAGCUGGUUCGGUGGAUAAGUACUAUUACGAACCAAAUACAGGGAGAAAGUUUCGGUCCAGGACCGAGGUACUGUACUACUUGGAACAUGGAACCUCUAAAAGAGGAGGCGCCAAGAAAGUUGAGAAUACAGAUUUCCAGUCAGACCAUUUUGAAGGUCAGGGAAGCAAUAGAGCCAGCAGAAAAGCUAAAGAGCCUCCACCUCCGCCACCACCAUUGGACUUUGAUUUUAAGAAUCCACCAGACAAGGUAAGCUGGUCUAUGGCAAACGCAGGAGAAGAAGCUUGGAUACCUAUUAUUGGGGACGUCAAGGUUCAAGACUCAGUGAGACGAGAGUGGAGCACAGCGUUUACUUUUAUCACGAACCGAAACCCAAGUAAACUGUCGUCUUGAAGACGAAGAUGAUGACAUGGUGGCGGUUUUUGGGUGUUGCAUCUAUUGUAAGAUACACAGAGAUGUUAGGCUUACUUAAUUGGGUGAUUCUUGUUUAGUCUCCAUUCGUCGAGUUAUGUGUACUAUAAUUUUUUUAGUGUUUUUGGAAGAAUACGAUAAUGGGAUAUGCAUUUCUGCGUUUGCGUUUGGAACGUGAUGUCCGUUUGCCUUUUCCACUGAUGACAUUGAAGACACUGUCAUAGUAACAAAGCUAUUCUUCUUAG